GCCGUUGAUGACACUGUUUAAGGUUGGGGCUGCUUUUCGUACCAACCAGCUUUUACGAGGGACAUCAUCACCUGAUCUCUCAUUCUUCCUUAUAAAGCAAACUCGGCUCGCACCUCUUUUCCCGCCGUGGUUGUCAUCUCGCCUACUUGCUCCGAAUAACACAAUGUCGCUUCACUCUAGCUCCGACUCAUCUGCCGUGGAGCAGACAUGCGCCGCACACGCCAUCACCGCGCAGGAAUUCCACACGAUGCGCACCACUGCCGUCGAGGGCAAGUCGUUUGCCUACUGUCCGUACAGCAAGUUCCGCGUGGGCUGCGGCCUGUUGACGGCUAGUGGGCGUGUGAUUCGCGGUGCGAAUGUUGAGAAUGCGUCGUAUCCUGUGGGCACGUGUGCGGAGAGGACGGCCAUUGGUACGGCUGUUGUGGGUGGCGAGGGGAAGGGGAUUCGUGCGAUUGCGGUGUCGACGGAUAUUAGCCCGCCAGCUAGUCCGUGCGGCAUGUGCCGACAGUUUAUUCGCGAGUUUUGCGACUCUCAUGUGCCCGUCAUCAUGUUUGACAAGAACGACGACUUUUGCGUCAUGACGGUGGAAGAGCUGCUGCCCAUGUCGUUUGGUCCGGAUAAGUUGCCGCCUCCCGGUGCGCCUGGCACUAUGUAGAGAGGAAGUAUAAGAAGUGACAACGAGGCGAUGUGAGGUGAGGUGAGAUAGGACGAUAUGAAGCUAGCGGCGAGACGAGUGCGAGAAACGAUAUAAUGAUGAUGAGAUGAGAUGACGACGAGAAGCAUAGAAGCGAGAUAUGAGCAAUCAUAUGUUGGGCGGUGACGAUUGAUUUUUGGCACGCGGGAGUUGAAGGCGUCGGUACGUACACAGGGGCGAAUACAAAAACAUACAACUAUACAGAUACAUGCAAUGAGAGACGUACGUUGACAACUUACAUAACUAUAAUAGUCUAGAGCUAUAGCCCUUGAGGCCUAUCCAUACAAUAUCGCCAAUCAUCCCAGCCCAGGCAACGGCUCACACUGAAUGCACGACGCUGGAUCACAAUGCCGCCCGACGCCACAACCACGUAGCGG